AUGGAGAUUGUUAAGAAGAGAAACCUAUGUUUCAAUUGUUUAGGUAACCAUAGAAUAUCAGAAUGUAGGUCGAAAAACACAUGCCGUAAAUGUCAACGUAAGCACCACACUAGUUUAUGCAAUGAAACUUCAGUUCAAAAAUCACAGAUUCAGAAUGUUACAAGUAAUAAAGAAAACAGCACGCCAAUCAUGCAUACAUCUGCUAAACAGGAAAACUCGACCGUCUUUUUGAAAACAGCAAUAGCUCCCAUAUGGUCACAAAAUCAUUGCGCCGACGCUCACAUCCUUUUCGACGAAGGAGCGCAACGAUCAUUUAUGACGCAGGAAAUAGCCGACAAGUUGAACGUCAAGCCAGACGGAAAGGAAACUCUCAACAUAUCCGCCUUCGGAAAUUCUGACAAGAACGUUCGUCACAUGAAUAAAGCCACAGUGUAUUUAGAAGCAGACUCAGGAGAGAAAAUAUCUUUACAGGUAUUGAUUGUACCCGCCAUAGCGGCACCUAUUCAGAAUAACCGCAGGUACAUUUCGCAGCAACUACAUUAUUUUAAAGGACUAAAACUAGUCCACCCGUUAUCAGAGGAUAAUAGCUUUGAUAUUUCUUUACUCAUUGGAGCAGACCACUACUGGGAUGUAAUCAAGGAUGAUAUCGUUCGAGGCGACGGACCGACAGCGAUGAACUCCAAAAUAGGAUAUUUGUUAUCUGGACCACUCACACGUACAAGAGGACAACGUAAUUCACAUAUGAUGCACAUAUUAUCUAGUCACACAAAAGAGGACUAUGAUAAUGAGAGAUUUCGGAAAUUGGAGUCCCUUCGUAUACAAGAAAACGACAAACUAAACACAGAGAAACAGAACAUCAAGGAAUUUUCAUCAACAUCGAUAGCAUAUGAGGAUGGAAAGUACGUUGCUCAACUUCCAUGGAUUGAAGAAUGUCCUGAAUUACCGACAAACGAGAUGAUUGCAAGAGCAAGGACCCAUAGAGUAGUUAACCGCUUAAACCAGGAAUCAAACUUAUUCAAAAGAUAUCAUGGAUACAUAAUUUUCAUCGAAAAGGCAAAAGAGAAGGAGGACGAGCCACAGCGCAUACACUUCAUACCUCAUCAUCCCGUUAAAAACAAAAUUCUACCCACUAGAGAUAAAUUCAAAUGA